UCUAGAAGAUGAGCGUGGAGUCAGCGAAGACAACUACCGGCGCUUCCAAAUUACUACCGAGGAAGUCGGCGGUCCUCCAGAAGCGAGCGCGUCGAUCACCUGCACUUCGAUCAGGGAAAUCCGGCUCCGGAAGAACAAGCCCUGCAAAGGUCUCGGCAGACCAGCCUGCUGAGCACCGCGCCCUGCCUACCGACAAUGCCAGCCCUUCUCCGAGGCGGUGCGGUGACUCUCCCGGGUCGCGUACGAAUGCCGCCGGACCGUGCACCAGUCGGCGAGACGGAGCCCCAGCGGCCGAGACGUCGUGCCCGGAGAGCGGGUUGCCCAGCGGCACCGGGUGGACCGGCCGCGCCCGGGCCGUCCUCAUGGACGAGGGGGCGGCGGGCGCCGAGCGGAUGGGCAAGGAGUGCCCGCCGGCCGGCGGGGCCAGGCGCAGGAGGCGGGGCUCGACCGAGAACGUGGACGCGGCUGAAAUCUCGCCGGCGCGCACGACGAACAACCUGGACACCGGGAAGUUCGGCUCUCGCCAUUCGGUGAUGCUGCUCGUCUGCGGGGUGGUCGUGCUGGCGUCGGUGUUUCUGGUCCGCGCAGUUGUGUACAUUCUCGGGCUGGAGCGUGCCGGUCGCGACAACGCACCCACGACCCCGCCCUGCUACGGAGACCACUGCGCCACGAGCGACAGGCUCUUCGGGAACGUCUCCGGGCAGACCGUCGACCCUUGCGAAGAUUUCGGGUCCUACGUGUGCUCGUGGUGGAGACCGCUCGAUCAGUUUCCCGACCUCGUCAUUUCCGCACAGAGCGAUCUCGUCGUCAAGUGGAUCGAGGGAUUCGGUUCUGUGCUCGAAAUGGGCGCCGCCGUCGACAAGUCUGGCGUCGCACAGAAGGCGCUGCGUUUCUACCGCAGCUGCAUGACCAGAACUGAUAGGACUCAAGGCGACGCGGACGUCUUCGUCGCGUUUAUCCGGUCGCUUGGCUUGACCUGGCCCGAUAUGCCUCCGAGCAGCGUCAGCGCCAUGGGCACCAUAUUAGAACUGAACUACAGGCUGGCCCUGCCUCUUUGGUUCUCGCUCAGAGUCGUUCAUAGCGCCGCACAAAGCGGACGUCGCAGAUUAGUGCUCAAACCGUGCUGCCUGGGUCGGUUGAAGUUCAUCAUGUGGCAAAACCAGCAGACAGUCGACAAGGGCCGCUACUUCGACUAUUGGGUGGCACAUUUCGAGGCCCUGUUAGGGAGGAAGUCGCUCCCUAGAGAUCGCAACGAAGUCAACGAUCUCGCCAGAGAAGAGGCACAGAUAACGGACAAGCUUGCGAAGCUUUCGAAUGUCUCCCCGAGCGUGCCACUUUUGCUUCGUUUCUCGGAUAUCGGCAGUCACACCAAGCAUGUAUCAUCGAACGAGUGGCUCACCCAGGUAAACAAAUAUAUCGCUGGCAGCGGGGGAAACCGCGCGUUCACACCUCAAGACGAAGUCCUCGCUAGCGACGAGUCGGUGCUUUCAACCAUCGACGACCUGUUCAGCCACUACGCCCGAGAGAAACUCGUCGACCACUUGUCCUGGCAGCUCGUCCAAAUACAUGCGUGGGUUGUCGACAGCACUUUGCUGGAGAUGUGGGGGCCGAAUUACUGGCACAUCUACGAGCCGAUUCUCUGCGCCAGGGAAACGGAGGGCGUCUACAGGCCCGCAAUCGCAGCGCUGUACGUUGGGCAGCGCGCGACACCACAGGAGCGCAGCGAACUCGACGCUAACUUCACCGAUAUCAAGGACAUGGCCACUAAGAUGAUCGCCUCCUCCUCGUGGAUCGAUCGAGCGAGCAAGGACGUCGCCAUCAAAAAACUUAGCGCAAUGUCUGUGGGUCUCUGGCCGCCUGAGCCCUUCUUCCGCCAAAGCGAGCUAGAAACUAUUUACGCUAACUUUCCGAAUGAGAACGCAACUUCGUGGGUGAGGCUGUGGACCAGCACGCAGGAGCUGAUGCGAAGCCUCGCCGGCACUCCGCUUCAUGAAGCCACAAUGAACAUGCGAUCCGCGUUGUUCCCCGUCCUGUUCGACUACGACUAUCUAACGAACAGGGUUGACGUAGCCGUGAGCGCCCUCGAAAAGCCUCUGUAUUGUCCGCAAGGGACGCCGGGAAUGUAUUACGGAAGCCUGGCGUUUGCGUUUACCCUUGCGAUGAUGAAGAUGCAGGAUCUGACCGGCAUAAAGUUGUACUCGAACGGAGGACUUGUUGAAGCCGGACGCUGGUCGUGGCUUUCGGACAGCACGGCGAAGGUCUACAAGCAAAAGAUCGAAUGUCUGGGCGAGGAGCCCGUCAGCUUGACCGAUAUCGCAGCAUUCGAGGUCGUCCACGCGGCAUUUUCUAGAGGUAUGUCCGAUUCCACGUCGCUCAUGCAGAUCAGUCGCGAAAUUGACGAGAAGAGGACAUUUUUCAUGGCUAUCUGUCUGCACAGCUGCUCAGUGGAGGGUCGUCGUUCGCCCACCACGAAUUGCAACGCACUGAUGCGGCAUUCGCGGGACUUUUCGGAAGUGUUCCACUGCAAGGUUGGUUCUCCCAUGAACCCUUUCAGCAAGUGCUCGUUUUUUAGAUAGGCUGACACAUACACACUGUCGCAUACACACUGAAUUGUCGCAUACACACUGGCCUUGGCUAGUAAAGUUUGUAGGACGUUGAUGGGCAGUUUUUUUGAGCUCAAGUGAACUGAAUUUUUUUAUACGCAGACGUUCAAGCACGCUUUCUUCUAACACUGUUUCUCUUAUAGAUCUUUUCGAUCAAACUAGUCAUAAUAAUGCUAUAUUUGCAGUUGUACAAGCACGUCGUGUCUGGAAAUUACACAGCCAUGCAAAUAAAAGGCCGAGCGUAUUUUCGAAAAUGGGGCUUGGCAAGACCCGCACAAAAAACGCGAAACCUCUCCAGACGUUUACUUGUUGAACUCGUGAUCUUACAAUACAAAUUCAUUUACGAAUGUGUC